AAAAGAAAAAGGGAAAAAUGUGAGGCCACUUAAAAACACACCAAAAAACUAUAAAUCCUAACAUAAGGCUGUCUGAAGAAGAGAGAAUUUUCUUUAUGUUGGCAAUUUGGAAAUCUGAAGAUUUUCUUCCAGUAAAGGUUUCACCAAUGUUUGGAAUAGGCCAGAAAGGACCUGAAAAACUAAGAUAUUCUAACCGUGACUGAGGUAUAUCACUCAGUUAACCAAAUGAAUUCCUAUGGUAGCAAAAGAUUUUCUAAUUCAUAAAUAAAAUCUUACUGUACAUACCAAGAUUCCAUCCAAUAAUAUUUAGAUUUCUUUAUAAAUGUAUAUCCUUCUUAAUUAUUUCUAUAAAGAGCAGUUGUACUUUCUGAAGUGUAUCAAGGACAAGAUGAGAGCUUUCUCCAACUGUCACUUAAAAUUUCUCUCAAAGGUCAUAUAAGUAAUUUUAAUACAUAAAUAGUACUUACGCUGAUUUUAAGAUUUUUUGAAAAUUUAUUUCAUUUUGUAUUUUGUAUCUUAGAGGGAACAGAAAUAAUGAUGUUCAACAUGAAUUGAACUUGCAAAGACAAAGAAGGCAGGGAAAAGAAGAUAGGAAACAUACCAGCAAGCAAUAUUCAGCAAUUUACUUUUAGCACAAUAUGCAUAAAGGAGGAUACCAUCUGCUUGAAAUCCAAGCCCAAACAAGAUACUUAUUAGAAAGAAUACUAAUGAGUACUUAUUCUUUUUGCCCAUGGUAUGCCAUUCAUUUUCAUAUCUGAUCUUUCCUCUAUUAGUAAGCAAGUUAUGGCUCUAAAAUAAACUAAAUGAACUAUAGAAAUUCUCAGAUAAUACAUAUCCAUUACAUUAGAAAAUACUCUUUCUCAGGUAAUUUUCACAGUGCCCUCAAGAAAGGUUUUCUAUAUUCCCCUUUGCCAUCAGAGUAGAAACAGAUUUAAAAAACAGACAAAAAAAACCAAUUGGUUAAGACAGCAGAAUGACAACUACACUUAAGGUUCUCAACUACCCAACAGAUCAACUUUGGGUUUAUAGAUAUUAAUUCAAUUAGUAAUAUCUGAAUAACUCCAUUAUUUAAAAAGAGAGGGUCCCCAAAUAACUAAGUGGUAAUACCGAGAAAUAGGGUAGUGCAUCUAUUUAAUAAUAGUCCUCAAAAAAAAUCAGUAAAAACAAAGAGCAAGAAAAUAAAAAUAUAUUCUCUCCCUGCCCCAUUACCUAUAAUUCUAUCAACGAUUUUUAACUACCAAGAAGUGAUUACCUUUCUGUCAGAAGAAAAAUUCUACUCCAACCACAACCCACAAAGUUGGCAUUCCUAAAUGUGGGGCUUCCCUUACACUUCUAACAGAUCUAGUAUUACAUUAUAUGACUCAAGUAGAAAUCUUAUUUGUCUCUAAAACUAGGGGGACUAGGAGAGAAGCACCAAUUUGUAAUAAAGAGUAAAGUCAGAAGGAAGAGCAGGUUUCUUACUUGUCUUGCUCUUACUUGUUAAGUGUAAAAUUGGACUUAGGAUAACAUUAUUUAAAACUGUUAAACUGGCUCCCGCUCUGACAUCGCCUGUGCUCCUUGAGGAGUGACGAUACCAUGGAACCAGAGCCAUGACUGAAGCUGAUGUAAAUCUGAAGGCCUACCCUCUUGCAGAUGCCCACCUCACCAAGAAACUAUUGGACCUCGUUCAGCAGUCAUGUAACUACAAGCAGCUUCGCAAAGGAGCCAAUGAGGCCACCAAAACCCUCAAGAGAGGCAUCUCUGAGGUCAUCGUGAUGGCUACAGACGCCAAGCCCCUGGAGAUCAUCCUGCACCUCCCACUGCUGUGUGAGGACAAGAAUAUGCCCUACGUGUUUGUGUGCUCCAAGCAGGCCCUGGGGCGAGCCUGUGGGGUCUCCGGGCCUGUCAUCGCCUGUUCUGUCACCAUCAAAGAAGGCUCACAACUGAAGCAGCAGAUCCAAUCCAUCCAGCAGUCCACUGAAAGGUUCUUAGUCUAAACAGGUGGCCUCUGCCACACUCCCUGCUGACUCCUACCCCAGGGGUUAUGUAUCAUUUGUCUGUUAGCAUAUAGUAUUUCGAGCUACCUUCUAUUGUUAUAAAAUAUUAUAGUGCUCAAAAAAAACUAUAAAAUUUAACUAAUAUUCUCUAGGGAAUUAAACAAAAAGGUAUAAGUUCAAAUGACAGGGAAAAGAAAAGUGGGUCACUGUUUAAUAGUGUCUGCUCUGAAAGCUUCUUAUUUUGAUUUCUAGCACCUAGUACAAUAAGCAUUCAACAUAUGAAAUGAUGCUGAGACAGAGAAGCCAUUUUCUUACCUGAAGGUUAACACUGUUUGAACCCCCUUUAAAAUUUUUAUUUUGUUCAAUAAUUUAAAGAAACAUAUCAGUAAUUGUGAGAUUAAAACUAUAUAGAGUUGUGAGACCUACUAUAUUAAAAUGCUGAAUGACCCUGAACCAACAGUUUGGCCAGUGUUCUCUUAGCUUCACUGUUCUUUUUCAAGGUCAUAUAUAAAUAGGGCUAUGUCAUACCUAUUGAGGGAGAACUGAAGGAGAAAUCCAAGCAAACAAACAAAAAAUAGGAUCCAACUAAAAGAAGCUACAAGUAAAUAGGAAUUCUAUUUAACCUAAAGUAAUCCCCAUUUUUGGUAAUCAUUCACACUACAGAAAGAUUUUCUGCUUUAAGAAAAAUUUCAUUGAAGAAUUUUUUUAAAAGGAGCUCCCCAAUUGUAUUUAUGUAUUGAAGAACAAUAUAUGUUACUUCAGAUAGGAUGAGGGCAUGUAAGCAGCAAUCCAAAAGCCAAAGAAAUAAAAGCAGCCUUUAAAAUUACAAUCUAAAUACAGAGAAAAACAAUUUAACCAAUACAAUAUAACACCUAUUUCUUAAAGCAUUUUUUCCUUUGGAUUAUUGAUAUUUACUGGUUUAAUUUUUUUAACUUAGGGAAAAUAUCUCUAUUAUUUUUUAAGGUUACAUCUUAUUUGGUGCUUCUGAUAUCCAGAUAUGUAAUGACUAAAUCCUGAAAACAUUUUCCAAAUGAUAUUUAAAUGCUGAAGACACAUAUCUUCCAUUUCUCUUCACAAUGCAAGUUAAGAAAAAUUUAAAUAAGUAAUCUCUUGAAAAACAUUUGAAAAGUCUCACUGUUUUGCCCAUAUAAUUGCCUAGCAAAAACACCUUUUGCCAGACUCCAUGAUCUCUUGAGGCUGUGUCAUCAUAUCUUACUUUACCUUCAAAGUUUGAAAAUUUGGACAACUAAACACUUUCUGGACUAAAUUAGACUGGCUGAACUUUUACUUGGUAACUGUUCUUUAAAACGAUGUAUAGCUUAAAUGAAAGAUGACUGUUUUCCAUUUCUAGGCAAAGAAAUUUAAGUUGCACAAUUUUCUAACAAUAUGAAUUUUUAAAGCCUAGAAAUGUUGAGGAAGAUCUCAAAGAAAAAGAUAACUGAUAUGGAGCAUUUAAGUGGAGUUCUACCUAUACAGAGAAAGAACUAAAUGAUACAUUGAA